GUGAGAGCCAGAGCCAGGGGCUGGAGAGUGUCACAGGGCUCGAUGUACUGUGCAGUUGGCCUGCAGGAGUUUAGUAUAGUCCACGUCACACCAUCGCCACGCCGUGUUCUCCUCCGCAUGCAGUGUGGCGGCUGGCUGGCCGUGAUGCCUCUGUCAACAUGACAGCACCUCCUCCCUCCCACCACUGGCCACAGGAACAGCAACAGCAGCAGACACACCGUGACAGCUCUGCUCUUCACUUGACUUGACAGUCUUUUUAUUCCAGGACUCCUGCCUCUGUUCAGAGUGGACAUUUCAAUGGACUUUUAAGGGACCCGUUUUUUUUUCUUUUUUUUUCAAAAGGGACACUUUUUAAGGGAUAAUUUUCUCCAUUCAAGGGACACUUUUUUGGGACACUUUUCUUAAAAGACGUUUUUUUGCCGUUUGCAAUUUGUUUAUUUUCUGUGCCAAGUGAAAUCAGUAAGAGGACGUCUAUAUGCCAGAGGAUGUGAAUGGGAACACUAUGGAUAUAAACACGCUCAACAGAAACUUGCCGGAGCGCGGCAGGCAGACGCAUCAGGUGUUCCAGAGCACCCCUCUGGACCUGGUGGAGGUGGGCAAGGGGGUGAGGUUCCAGACCGAUCGCCCCCACCUGGUGAGCCUGGGGAACGGCCGCUUCAGCACCGCCAUCACCCUACUGCCACUACCAGAGGGAAGGACAACCUUUGGCUAUGGCGAUACGGACAUCAGCGUGCAGGGCCCGGGUGUGGCAGAACAGCACUGCUACAUAGAGAACACAGUCGGCCUCGUUAUCCUGAACCCCUGCGGAAACGCCUGUGCCAUCGACGGGACCCCGGUCACCAAGCCAACGCGCCUCUCCCAAGGCUGUAUGCUGUGCCUGGGCCAGGCCUCAGUGUUCCGCUUCAACCACCCAGAGGAGGCCUUGGGCAUGAAGAACAUGAUGCCAGAGGGAAGCCUGUCUCCCGUCCGCUCAGACCCUAAGGGCCUGGUCAAUGGGAACCACGCGUCCUCCUCGGCAGACCUGCCCUCCUCUGCUCGCCGAACCAAAGUGCACCCCGAGCACAGCGCCAUCGUCAGCUCCAUCGAGAAGGACCUGCAGGACAUUAUGGACUCCUUAGCCAUGGAGGACUCCUCCAUCCCACAGCCCUCCACCUCCAACUCCAACUCCGCCUCCCAGCCCAAAGAGCCUUACACAAAGAGCCCCACACGGCCACAGCUGUCCCCUCUGGUCAACGGUAGUGGAGGUGGUGGUGGUGGUGGUGGUGUGGGAGGAUGUUACCUGUCGCCACCCACCAGCCCUGGUGCCAUGUCGGUGGGAUCCAGCUAUGAGAAUACCUCGCCCCCCUUCUCCCCGCUCUCCUCCCCCUCGCCACUGAGCAGUGGGAGCUUCAACAGCCCCUUGCACUGUGGUGGUGGUGGUGGUGGUGGUCACGCGGGCACCAAUGGCAGUGGCAAUGGCGUCCACAGUGCUCAUGACCUGUCGUCUGGUUCUCUGCCCCCCGUACCUCUCAGGUCCUCCAGCUACAACUUCACGAGCCAGCCCCCUUCCCCGCUCACGCCGCAGCCGCUCACUGCCCUGUCCGUCUUCACGGGCUCCCCCAAGGUCGCCCCGGAGAGCCCCCGCUUCCAGAGGAAAGCCCUCCUGGAGACCCCCCCCAGCCCCAAGCCGGCCCGCCGCAACAUCAACCAAGACGGCGGUGGCGGCGGCGGCUCGUCGUCUGUGGCGGCGAAAGAUCCCGAGAUCCAGAUCCACAGACACAUGUUCCCCACCGUCUCCAUCUCGCCGCCCAGCGAGGCGCAGCCCUUAGGCAGGCAUCAGGGGCUCGGGGUGCAGGCCAACCACCAGCACCACCACCGCGCCUCUCCAAAGCUCUCCACGCCACCCACGCUCUCCCUCUCCACCGCCUCCCCCUCGUCCAACCCUUCCAGCCCGCGCAUGAAGCGUUCUGCAUUCAGGGGGGAACAGCCUCAGGUGGAUCACUCCCCCACCACCAUCUCCACCACCACCACCUCCAUGUCCGCCCUGCCCCUGCCCUCCUCGGCCCGCUCCUACCAGCCCCUGGACCCCAUCGUCCACAUCAUACAGGGGGGCAGCGUGCAGAUCCAGCAGCAGCACCACAACCACCAUCAGCAGCAGCAGCAUUCGGCCACCUUGCAGCCCCCAAAGAGCCCGCGUCUCGCCCGCCGCAACCUGGAGGUGGACGGCAGUGGCAGCAUGACGAGCUUGACCAGCCUGCGGGACCUGCCACCCCUGUCUCCGAACCUCUCCCGUCGCGGGGUGCCCGCCGCCCCCCUCUCCACCCUGCGGACCCCCGACGGCACCCUCGGCAGGUCGGUGCCCGAGAGCCCUCGCCUGGCACGCAAAGCGGCAGCCAGCGCCAACGCGUUCUCUCCGGAGGAGCAGUUCAGUCCACGUCUAGUACGGGCACGGAGCCCGUCGCCCACCUCCACGCUGUUGAGCGGAGGUGGCGGUGAUGCAGGUAGCAGAGGCAGGAAGGCCAGCUUCACCAACCCGCUCUCUCCUUCCUUCAGCCUGGGCUCGCUGCCCGGCUCCUCUCCCCUCUCCAGCCCCCGGAGCCACCGCAAGAUGUCCGGCGGGGAGCUGCACGGCAUGGACACGCGGCUAAGUCACCCGCACCCGCCCAUGAGGCAACGCAAGAACAGCAUCAGCGAGAUCAGCGACAACGAGGACGAGCUGCUGGAGUACCACAGGAGACAGCACACCGAGCGCCUUCGAGAACAGGAGAUGGAGAGACUGGAGCGUCAGAGGCUAGAGACCAUCCUGAACCUGUGUGCCGAGUACAACAAGCCCGACCUCAUGGGCGUGGGGGUGGGCAGCCUGGGGGACCUGAGUCCCUCCAUGGAGGCGCUGAGGAUGGGCUCUCCCCGCACCGCACGCAGGCACAGAGGCGGUGUGGAGAACCACAAGGAGCUGGACACCAGCGGUGUGGAGCUCACGCAGCACGAGAAUGGCUCGGCGGAGAGUGGCAUUGAGCUGGGCUUCCUGGAGGAGGAGAGAAUGAGAGCUCUGAAACGCGUCGACGAGCUCAAGACACGCCUCACCGAGCUGGAGCAACAGCUACAAGAGUCCAAACAGGAGGCCGAGAUGGAGCGUGCGCUGCUGCAGGGCGAGCGAGAGGCGGAGCUUGAGCAGAUCCAGGCGGAGGAUGACGUCAUCAACCAGCUGCAGCACAAACUCACCCAGCUGGAGAGCGCCAUACAGAGAGAGAAGGACAAGGAGCGUGCUAACGUGGAUGCUGAGAGGGAGGCCUUGGCGAGGCUGCAGGAGGGCUACAACGAACUGAAGAACCAACUACACAACUGCCCCGAGUCCCUACAUACACAGCUACAGGAACAGCUCAAGAGGGAAGCGGAAGCCCUGGAGGCGGAGACAAAGCAGUUUGAGGACCUGGAGUUCCAGCAGCUGGAGAAGGAGAGCAGCCUGGAGGAGGAGAGAGAGACCAUCAGCCAACAGGUGUUGAAGGAGAGACAAGACAUCCACAGCAGCAUACUCAGGAGAAAGGAGAAGGUGUCUGCAUUGGAGAGCCAGGCCAACCAGCUGGGCCUGCAGGCGGCCCAGGAGUGCGAUCGCCUGGCCAAGGAGAGACUCAACACCCUGCAGCUGCUACAGAAGGAGAAGGAGAGGCUGGCAGGUCUGGAGAAGAGGUACCAUGCCUUAACCGGCGGCCGAACCUUCCCAAAGAACUCCAACACCAUCAAGGAGGCUAGAGAGUAUGUGACCGUGGGCCAGAUCAAUCAGCUGUACGGGAUGCCGAAGGUGGAGUCUUCGCCCACCUCCCCCGCCCGCGCUCCUCUGCCCUCCGCCAGCGUAGACUCUGUCUUCUCCUGCCUCCCCUCUCCAUACAGCUCCUGCCUCUCUCUUUCUCCUGAGAUGUUCCGCUCCAAGCUGGACAGCGAUGCAGGCCAGAGUGUCCUGAGGCCCAAAGUCAGCGCUGGGCUUUCACCUCCAUAUGGCACGGCCACGCUGGGUCGCAACACACCAACCAGGAGUCCACUAAUGGUGCACCCGGGAACUGGCAGCCUGCCACGCAACCUGGCAGCCACCCUGCAAGACAUAGAGACCAAGAGGCAGCUGGCCCUCCAGCAGAAAGAGCUUUCUCUCGCCACAUGUCAGAUGGUGAUCGAGGAGCAGCGUCGACGCCUAGCUGAGCUCAAGCAAAAGGCUCAGGCUGAGGCCCAUUGCCAAUGGGACGCGCUGCACGGCUCCCAGACACACCUGCACGGCUCCCAGACGCACCUGAGCGCCAACUCCGGCGGAGCCACGCCCCACUACGCCACGCCCUCGCCCGUGCCGCAGCUGUCGCUCUCGAUGCCGCCGCCGAUGCCCAUCAUGCACCACUCCAUCCUGCACCACCAGCCGCCGUCGGCCGGGGAGCAGCCCUACGACACACUGAGCCUGGAGAGCUCCGAUAGCAUGGACACCAGUAUAUCAUCCGCAUGCUCCCCCGAUAACAUGUCCAGUGCUAGUGGGAUGGAGAGCCAGAGGAUUGCGGAGAUGGAGAACAUGCUGAAAGAAGCCCAGCUGGAGAGGGCCAGACUCAUCGAGACCAGAGAGCGAGAGGAGCAUGCUCGUAAGCUGCUGCUGGAGGAGGAGCGUCAGAGGAGAGCGGAGGCCGAGAGGCAGCUGCAGGAGCAGGCCGCCCUCCGACAGAGACUGGUGGAGAGAGAAGUCAAGAUGAGGGCCAAGCACUUCGCACAGGCUCGGCCGAUGACGCGGUACCUGCCAAUCCGCAAGGAGGAGUUCGACCUGCGCUCGCACAUCGAGUCGUCGGGCCACACGCCGGAGACGUGCGACCACCUCAUCCUCACCGAGAAGAUCUGCAAGGGCUACCUCGUCAAGAUGGGCGGCAAGAUCAAGUCCUGGAAGAAGCGCUGGUUCGUCUUCGACCGCAUGAAACGAACGUUCUCCUACUACGUCGAUAAACACGAGACUAAACUCAAGGGAAUCGUCUACUUCCAGGCGAUUGAGGAGGUGUACUACGACCACUUGCGCAGCGCGACCAAGAGCCCCAACCCGUCUUUGACAUUCUGUGUGAAGACGCACGACCGGCUGUACUAUGUGGUGGCUCCGUCACCUGAAGCCAUGAGGAUCUGGAUGGACGUCAUAGUCACAGGUGCUGAGGGAUACACGCAGUUCUUGAACUGAAGUGAGCCGAACUUUAACUGAGCCUAUAGCCCAUGUUUGGGUUGACUUUUGGUUCAGAGGUCAGCAGACUGUUUCAACUGUGGACAUACAAACGAACUAGAUGCCCCCAUACACUUUCCAAAAAAAAGAUGGUCCGCAAAACAAACUGAGUCGAUGCUGGGGCGGACGUGGAGAAUACUGGUUUUGAUUUAUAUCUUUUCCGUGUUUAUUGUGUAUAUUCAGUCUUCUGUAUGAACACUAGUUUCACCUGUUUUCUACUUGUGCCUGCAUUUCAAAAAAGGGAGAUUUUGAAGACUUUUUUCGACACCCUGAUUAUCACAUUUAUCAACUUUCAAAUGCCUUCUCUUUUUGUUCUUGCCGUUGCCAACAGAGAUCUUUGUGUAGCAGUCAGGUGCAUUAUUUCCUUGAGUAUCUGCCUUCAAUUACCUUUUUAUUAUUAUUGAUUAAUGUUUUGAUUAUUUGUUUUCCCUUUUUUUAAAGAAAAUAAUCUUGAAACAAACAGUUUCUCUUGGCAUGUUGCCAUUUGAUGCCAAACCAGUGUGCGCAGUCGUGAUCAUCAUUCUCUUUCUUGAGUAGCUUGUCAUAUCAUUUUAGAUUGAGUGCUGAGGGUCGCAGGGGUGUGUGUGUGUGUGUGUGUGUGUGUGUGUGUGUGUGUGUGUGUGUG